AUGGUAGUCUUGAGAGGUUUGGGUGAAUCACACUCAUCCAAUUACCAAAUUCUAACCAGAAAUAUAGAAAGAUGCAUCAAUUCAUCAGUCUUAUUUGAAAUUGUAAAGGCUGACAUCUGUGGUUUAACUGAAUUAGGAUACAAAGCAAAAGAUAAUACAAAUCCAUCCAUCAAAAUAUUAAAAGCUAUACCUAGUUUGAGAGUGCUAGGUGAAAAGAGAGCUGCUAUUUGUAUCAGUAAUAGUACAAUUGGAGUUGAAAUUGAUUUAAAUGCUUAUGACAUGAAAAAUUCACCUGAAAUUAAAAAACCUAAACUCAAUAAUACACAAUAUGAUUCAAGUGUUAUUGAAAAAUUAUCAACCACUGCAAAAAAUGAAGGAGGAUUUAAUAACGGAAAAGAAUUUGCAACAAGAAUUGCAGCAGCAGUUUUAAAUAUUGAUGGAAAUUUAGUUCACUUGGUCAAAUUAUAUGCUCCUAAUACGUUUGAUGAUCGUGCUCAAGAAGAAUUUUACAAGGAUUUAUUAAUUUAUUUAUAUAAUUUGAAGAUUUCAGAGCUAUGGAUAAUGGGCGACUUUAAUGUUGUCCAGUUUCAAGCAUAUACAAUGAUUAUCCCUCGUCAGAUCAAUGGAAUAGAAAAACGAUCAAUUGACAUUUUAGAUAAAGUUAAAAAUAAAUAUAAUUUAGUUGAUUUGGUAAAUUUCCUUGCUCCUCAAGGAACAGUCAUUACCAAUCAUGCUGGUCUGAAUUGUCGAAGAAUAGAUGGAAUUUUAAUGCCUCGUACUAGAGUUGGUGGAGUUUCGAAAUUGGCUGUUGUUAGAACUCCUAGGUUUGGUACACAUUCAUCAAUGAUUUUAAGUUUAAAUACGUUAAAUAAAGAAAUUAAAGAAAGUGAACUCAGAGCUUUGCAGAAAAAGAAUAAAACUAUUGUUGAUGGUACAAUGAUUAAAGAUUUCACUUGUGCAUGCCGUAAAUUUUUUAAUACUUUAUUUGGUGAUAUACCACAGGUUAUUAUUAAGACUAACAAUAUAAUUGAUUAUAAUAUUCCACUGAAUGUUCUUGAUGCAAAAGUGACUGCUGACGGCUUUGGUUUUUCGUUUAGACUUAAAUGCCACUAUGCAUAUUAUGACUUGGUUAAAGUAAAAGAAAAUGAUGAUGAUGAAGAAGUCAAAUACAGAGUAUGCAAAUUGUUGGAGUUGGAUUUGGUGAAUGUUAGACAAUUGCUUAAGAUAAAGUUCAAAGAUGAAAACGAUCUUGAAAAUGCAGUUAGAAGAGUUAAUGAAAGACAAAGAUUCACGAAUGCUGAGCAUGUUAUUAGGGGUGCAUAUGUUCCUUCAAAAAUUGCUUAUAGUUCAUUACUUCAAAAUGGCAUUGAUAAUUUAGUUGAAGAUGGAUUAAGAAUAUUUGGCCACGUUGAAUAUGAAUUAUUUGAUGACGGUAACAUUAAAAUGAAUGAUCCAAAACUAGAAAUUAUUGGGAAUGAAUUAAGAUUACAUUACUCCAAUGAAGAAUAUGUUGUUGUGCUUUUAGAUAAAAUGUUAGUUGGAGUCAGAAAAAUUUUAAAAGCUGUUGGAGUAGCAGAAGGAAGAGCAAGAAGCAUUAUUGAUGACGCAGAUUCUUAUGAUAUUGUUCAAGUCAAGCAAACAACGAUGACUGCUUUUAUUCCUUUAGAAAACUUAGUUCAUUUAUUAAACAUCCCAUUAGGUAGAACCCGAGAUCAAAUUACUCAAGGGAUUAGAUCAAUGUUCCCACUAUGCAAAAAUGAUUUUGCGGGAGAUUACAAAUCUGCAUUUCGAGAAUUUUGUGAAUCUUUAAUUAAAAAUUAUGGGGAUGAACCAAUUUCAAUCGAAGAUCAAACCAAAUUUAAAUAUGGCCAGGAAACAAUUGUAUAUGAAGGGGUCGCUAGAAAGUUAGAUAAUCGUGUUUCUUUAAGAGAUCUAUUUCAAAUUAUUAGUGAAAAUAGCAUCCCAAUCGAUGCACCAAACAGGAAGCAAAAGCUAUAUGAUGAAGUUAAUAGUUCAAUAGGGCAUUAUGUUCUGAAGUUUAAAAUACCUGUUGGUAGUCAAUUACCAAAGAUACAUCCAUUUGACGGUUACAUUUCACUCGCAUCAUACUACAUACCAUUGUUUCAGGCUAAACAACUUGUCAAAAUGCAUGAUGUUUUGAAUCAAAUCAGCCCCAUUUUGAAUUCAAAUUUAUUAUCAUUUCAUUUCAUACAAGACUUAACUAGAAAUUAUGAUUAUAAUGAAGACAUAUCGGAUGUUGAAAUCUCAAUCGGCGAACGUCCCAAUAAAAAUGGGUUUUUUAAUGUCAAUGGAAUUCUAAGAAAUCCUGCCACAGGUUUGAUAGUAUUACUGGAUGUGUUAAAGAAAAUCAGUGUUUUUCUGAAUACUCGUGUUAAAGAAUACGUUCAGAAAUUUCCUUCUGAAAGAGUGGCUAGUAUCAUUAAAACGAGAAAAAUGGUUACUCUUGAAGUUGCCAGAGAACAAGCGGAAUUUUUCAGGAUUCCACCAGAUGUUGUAUACCCUGCUUUGGUUGACGAAGAAAAAUUCAAAAAUUAUUUUCAAAAUUAA